CAGUAUCGCAAUUCAGCGUAAAAUUUGGGGUCAUUUUGAAAACAAAAAAAACUAUGGGGGGUCGGAGCUUCGACUGUGAUUUGUCUCGUCUUUCUUGAGAUUGAGAUGGUCCGGGGGAGUGAGGAUGUGGAGGCGUCGGAGCUUCCAUGGCCCUGCGGCUCUUCGAUUUCAAGCCGGUAGUUAUCAUCAAGUUGUCGCUCCUCUGCUUCGCAAUCACACUCAGGUAUGCAAUUUCGCAUCUGCUGCCGGAGCUGUCAAGCACGAAAUUGAGAGGCCGAGAACCCUCGAUGAGGCCCAGAAUUGCUUCCAUAGCAUGACUCUCAUGCAGCCUCCGCCUCAUGUUUUUGAGUUCUGCCGUCUCUUGGGAGCGGUUGUCAGGAUGAGACACUACUCCUCUGCGAUUGGUUUGAUCGAACGCAUGGAUGUGUUAGGGCUCGCCUGCCAUAUCUCUGUCUGGAAUAUCUUUAUAAAUUGCCUCUGCCAUCUCAAGGAAGUGGAUCUCGGUUUCUCUGCUUUGGCUAAACUGAUCAAGCUUGGGCUUCGACCGGACUCCGUCACCCUAAAUACUCUGGUCAAUGGGCUUUGUUCCAAGGGUGUGAUUUCUAAAGCAGUGAUGCUUGCCGAUGAGAUGUCGAGCAUUGGGUUCGAGCCCGACUCAUUCACUUGCGCAACAAUUAUAAAGGGUUUGGUGAGGACUGGCAAGACCGACCUUGCCGUCGGAUUGAUGGGCAAGUGGGAGAAAGUGAGCGGCAGGCUGGACGCAUUUGCUUAUACCACUACCAUUCAUGGGCUAUGCAAGCAGGGACGAGUAAUAGAGGCUUUCAACCUCUUAAACAGGAUGGUCCAAAGAGGCAUUCAACCCAACAUUGUCACUUAUAACUCUCUUAUUCACGGUCUUUGUUGUGCGGUCCAGUGGAAACAGGCUGUCCUCCUGUCAUAUAAGAUGCGCGGUAAGGAUUUUGCACCAAAUUUAUUGACUUAUACCUCCUUGCUUCACGGUUUAUGCCAGCUAGGUCGAUGGAGAGAAGCCAACAUUCUGUUGAAACAAAUGGUGGCAGAGGAGAUCCAACCAAGUGUCGUUACUUAUAACACUUUGAUUCGGGCUCAGUGCAACAUGGGGCAAUGGCAUGAGGUCCAGGUACUGUUUCAGGAGAUGGAGCAGGGGGGAAUACUUCCGAACGUAAAUACAUUCAGUAUUUUGGUGGAUGCAUUCUGUAAAGAAGGGGAACUUUCGGAAGCAGAACGCGUCUUCGAAAUGAUGGCCCAGAAAGGUGUGGAGCCCAAUGUAGUCACAUACAAUUCAAUAAUUGAUGGGUAUUGCCUUCAUAAUCGCGUGGAUGAUGCUGCUAAGUUAUUCGGUCUGAUGCUUGAACGGAAUUACGCUCCUAAUGUUGUCACUUAUAAUGCAUUGAUCAAUGGAUAUUGCAAGUCCAAACAAAUCCAUAAAGCGUGGCUUCUAUAUCAAGAAAUGCUUGGCAAGGGUUUGAUUCCUGAUGUGGUGACGCACACUACUCUCAUCGGGGGCUUCUGCCUGGUUGGCAAUUUUCAUGCUGCAGAGCAGCUAUUUGACAAGAUGCAUGCUUAUGGGCAACCUCCAGAUGUCCAAAGUUACGCCACUAUGUUAGAUGGCUUGUGUAAAGCAAAACAAGUAGACAAGGCAAUUGCAGUGUUCCAGCAAAUGGAGAAUCAUCAGUUGGAGCCUAGCAUCGUGAUUUACAAUAUCCUCAUCAAUGGUCUAUGCAAUGCAGGGAAGCUCGAACCUGCAAGAGAACUCUUCAAAGGUUUGUCUGCAAAAAAGGUGGAAGCUGAUGUUGUCACUUUCAACACAUUGAUUAAUGGAUUGUGUAAUGAAGGUCAUAUAAGCGAAGCCUUCACAUUAUUUAAUGAGAUGGAAGGAAGGGGAUGUGUCCCGAAUUCAGGCACAUACAAUGUGUUGGUUAGAGGAUUUCUUAGAAAUGGCGACAAGUUAAGUGUGGAGCAGUUGCUACGAGAAAUGAAUCAGAAAGGUCUCGCUGCAGAUGCAUCAACAGCCGAACUCUUGCUUGAUCUAUUAUCAAAUGAUGCGUCGAUUCUAAAACUAGUACAUAAUAUUUAGUGAAUCUUUUGUCUUUCUUCUCACGGGGAAAGUGAUUGAGAAAGGAAUCUCUGUAGAUGCAUGCUCGAGGCGAACUUUUGCCUAAUCUGUCAUCCGGUGUUUGAUCCAUUGAUUUAUGACUCUUUGGGUGAAAGGAUUAAGUGCAGGGUAUAAAGUUCGAAGGUAAAGAUUCAAGACUUGCCGGUGUUACUUUUCUUCAUGACUUGACUCAGAGUAGAUUUCCUCUGCUGUUUCCUGAGUUCUCGAUUUUUGCGCUUGACUAUAAAAGCAUUAGUUGGGUUCAUUUUUACAUUGCUUAGCAUAAUUAAAUCUAUCCAGUAGGAAGGCUAGGAAAUUGGUGCUCAUCAAACUUCUUUAAUCGAUGAAGCAAAGGGAUGCAAGACCAAAUAAUGCCGUAAGUUAUAACCGUAAAAACUAGCAUCUUCAUGAACUCUGUUCUUUAACCAGUAAUAAGAAUAACUGGCAUCAUUCUUUUUUCUAUUCUUUAGUCGAUACAGCAUUCGUUUCACAAAAAAUGAAACUUGUGCUCACCAGGGUAUUAGUGAUUUCGAGAAUGUUGAAGGUUAGAUGGAAUUUUGAUCAUGCUGAUUCAGUUGUUGGAUGUUCUUGUGUUGAAUUUAUCAGAGAAGGAUAAGUCCACUUUGCGAGGGUUUCGAUCUUACAGUCAAAAAGAGAAGCCUAGGAAUGUGGCAAAACUUGGCUGGGCAUUGGUUCAUCUGCCCUAGAGGUUGGGAGACUCGAGUUAAUCAAAUCUACUACGGGGGGAAUUUUUGUGCAGGUUGGCUUGCGGGGAAGGCCAAGCAUCUUCCAUUCAGUCUUGUUUACAACCAAGAUAAGAGAGCGGAAAACAUUUUCCCGAUCAAAUUCAUUUUCUUUGAGGAUCCGCUUGUAUUAGUAAUCAAGUGUAAAGCUGGUGUUCCAGAUGUUGCAAUGUGGAGCACGGGGGCUGGUGGACGUUCAUGAUGCUGCGAUGGUGAGCAGGGCGGCAAUUGCACCCCUGCACUCGAGUAAUUUUUAUUUUUAGUGAAGGCGCUCACAGAUCUCGGUUAUGGAUGAGGCCAAAACAUGGCAGCUCAGUAGCGAGGGCUGAUCUUCGAAUGGUGCGUUCAGUUUACCUCAGAGAAAGCAACUAAUGCAUUGCUAAUUCCUAAUCGAUACUGCAUGCAUCAACGCCGUUACCUCCCGACACAAGGGAUGAAUUUUUCCAUUGUUUAAUGUAUUCGUGUUUGCCCGGGGGAUGGUCGUCAUUGUUUUGACUUUAGGCCUCAAUAAUUUCGAUAAUUUAACAGUUUAUUCGGUGAUAUGUUGGUAUUUGAUGGAAAAACAAAGGUAUCCCCAACGCAUUGAAAGUUUUUUUUGGUCU